AUGCAUUCCGCCAAACUCUUUCUCCUCGCGCUCUGCGCCUCCCUCGCUUCAGCACAAGCCACGAGCAGCACCAUGCCAACCCCCGGCCAGCCUGCUGCCUCCGGCGUCCCUUCCCAAAUAUCUCAGACCUUGGCGCCGCCCCCCGCCGCGACGAACGGCAGCUCGAACGCGCCGCCGGGGGCUACGGGCAAUAAUACGCCUUCUGCUACUACGAGUGGUGGAGCUGCGAAGAACACUACGAGCGCUGGUGCUGCGCCUCAUUAUGAUGCGGGAAUGGUCCCGAUUAUGGGCUUGGGGGUUGUCGUGGCCUUGGGUCUUGCUUGA